AUGGUAAAUAACAAAGUAGAAACAGUUUUGGAAAGAGGGAUCUUUCCUGCAAAUUACAUUCACUUGAAAAAGGCAAUUGUCAGUAAUAGGGGGCAGUAUGAAACUGUGGUUCCACUUGAAGAUUCUAUUGUGACUGAGGUUACAGCAACUCUACAAGAAUGGGCAAGUUUGUGGAAACAGUUGUAUGUGAAACACAAAGUAGAUCUUUUCUACAAACUACGCCAUGUGAUGAAUGAACUUAUUGACCUGCGAAGGCAGCUACUGUCUGGUCACCUGACUCAGGAUCAGGUGCGGGAGGUUAAGCGGCACAUCACCGUGCGCCUGGACUGGGGUAAUGAACAUUUGGGCCUGGACCUGGUGCCUCGGAAGGACUUUGAAGUAGUGGACUCGGACCAGAUUAGUGUCUCAGAUCUCUAUAAGAUGCAUUUAUCUAGUCGGCAGAGUGUACAGCAAAGCACAUCCCAGGUAGAUACAAUGCGCCCACGUCAUGGGGAAACAUGUCGGAUGCCAGUGCCACAUCACUUCUUCCUCAGCCUGAAGAGUUUCACUUACAAUACUAUUGGGGAAGAUACCGAUGUCUUCUUUUCCUUAUAUGACAUGAGGGAAGGCAAGCAGAUCAGUGAGCGGUUUCUGGUAAGACUGAACAAGAAUGGUGGGCCAAGGAACCCAGAGAAGAUCGAACGAAUGUGUGCCCUUUUUACAGAUCUGAGCAGCAAAGAUAUGAAGAGAGAUUUGUAUAUCGUUGCCCAUGUGAUCCGAAUAGGCCGGAUGCUCCUGAACGACUCAAAGAAAGGUCCUCCUCACCUGCACUACAGGCGACCAUAUGGCUGUGCAGUCCUAAGCAUCUUGGAUGUCCUACAGUCACUCACAGAAGUAAAGGAAGAAAAGGAUUUUGUUCUUAAGGUUUACACGUGCAACAAUGAGAGUGAGUGGUCCCAGAUCCACGAGAACAUCAUCCGAAAGUCCAGUGCCAAGUACUCUGCCCCCAGCGCCAGCCAUGGUCUUAUCAUUUCUCUGCAGCUUCUUCGUGGAGACAUGGAACAGAUUCGGAGAGAAAAUCCCAUGAUAUUUAAUAGGGGAUUGGCAAUUACAAGAAAAUUGGGAUUUCCUGAUGUCAUUAUGCCAGGUGAUAUCCGCAAUGACCUGUACCUAACGCUGGAGAAGGGGGAUUUCGAGAGAGGAGGAAAGAGUGUACAAAAGAAUAUUGAAGUGACUAUGUAUGUGCUUUAUGCAGAUGGAGAAAUCUUGAAGGAUUGCAUCAGCUUGGGUUCAGGAGAGCCAAAUAGGAGUUCCUACCACUCCUUUGUCCUCUACCACAGUAAUAGUCCUCGCUGGGGAGAAAUUAUCAAAUUGCCUAUCCCCAUUGACCGGUUCCGGGGCUCCCACCUGCGCUUCGAGUUCAGACAUUGUUCCACAAAGGACAAAGGGGAAAAGAAACUCUUUGGCUUUGCAUUCUCACCCCUGAUGCGUGAUGAUGGCACCACCCUCUCAGAUGAUAUUCACGAGCUUUAUGUGUACAAGUGUGAUGAGAAUAGCACGUUUAAUAACCAUGCUCUGUACCUGGGCCUGCCUUGCUGCAAAGAGGACUACAAUGGCUGCCCUAAUAUCCCGUCUAGCCUCAUCUUCCAGCGCAGCACCAAAGAGUCUUUCUUCAUCUCCACUCAGCUCUCCUCUACCAAACUCACCCAGAAUGUGGACCUCCUAGCUCUGCUGAAGUGGAAGGCCUUCCCCGACCGGAUCAUGGAUGUACUAGGGCGGCUGCGGCAUGUCAGUGGGGAGGAAAUUGUUAAGUUUCUGCAGGACAUCUUAGAUACACUCUUUGUGAUUUUGGAUGAUAAUACAGAGAAGUACGGCCUGUUGGUUUUCCAGUCUCUGGUGUUCAUCAUCAACCUGCUCCGAGACAUCAAGUAUUUCCACUUUCGACCUGUGAUGGACACAUAUAUCCAAAAGCACUUUGCUGGAGCUCUGGCAUACAAGGAGCUCAUCCGCUGUUUGAAGUGGUAUAUGGACUGCUCAGCAGAACUGAUUCGACAGGACCACAUUCAAGAAGCCAUGCGGGCCUUGGAGUACCUUUUCAAGUUCAUUGUACAGUCACGGAUCCUGUACUCACGAGCCACUUGUGGAAUGGAAGAGGAACAAUUCAGAUCCAGUAUCCAAGAACUUUUCCAGUCCAUCCGGUUUGUGCUCAGUCUGGACAGCAGAAACUCAGAAACACUCCUUUUUACUCAGGCUGCACUCCUCAAUUCUUUCCCAACCAUCUUUGACGAGCUGCUGCAAAUGUUCACCGUGCAAGAGGUGGCAGAGUUUGUGAGAGGGACACUGGGGAGCAUGCCCAGCACUGUGCACAUUGGGCAGUCAAUGGACGUGGUCAAGCUGCAGUCCAUUGCCAGGACAGUGGAUAGCCGCCUGUUUUCUUUCUCAGAAUCCCGCCGCAUCCUGCUUCCUGUGGUUCUCCAUCACAUUCACCUUCACCUGAGGCAGCAGAAAGAGCUGCUUAUUUGCUCAGGAAUUCUUGGCAGCAUCUUCUCCAUCGUCAAGACCAGCUCUCUGGAGGCAGAUGUCAUGGAGGAAGUAGAGAUGAUGGUGGAGAGCCUCCUGGACGUGCUCUUGCAGACUCUGCUCACCAUCAUGAGCAAAUCGCACGCUCAGGAGGCGGUAAGAGGGCAGCGGUGCCCGCAGUGCACAGCCGAGAUCACUGGCGAAUAUGUGUCCUGCCUUCUCUCACUGCUCCGCCAGAUGUGUGACACCCAUUUCCAGCACCUCCUGGACAACUUCCAGAGCAAAGAUGAACUCAAGGAAUUUCUGCUGAAGAUUUUUUGUGUGUUCCGGAACCUGAUGAAGAUGAGUGUGUUCCCUCGGGACUGGAUGGUAAUGAGACUGCUCACAAGCAAUAUUAUAGUCACUACUGUCCAGUACCUGUCCUCUGCACUGCACAAGAAUUUCACAGAGACUGACUUUGACUUUAAGGUGUGGAAUUCUUAUUUUAGCCUGGCAGUUCUAUUCAUAAAUCAGCCAAGCCUUCAGCUAGAAAUUAUCACCUCAGUCAAAAGGAAGAAGAUUCUAGAUAAGUAUGGGGACAUGCGUGUAAUGAUGGCUUAUGAACUGUUCAGCAUGUGGCAGAAUUUGGGUGAACAUAAGAUCCACUUUAUUCCGGGAAUGAUUGGUCCUUUUCUGGGUGUGACACUGGUCCCACAGCCAGAAGUACGGAAUAUCAUGAUUCCCAUCUUUCAUGACAUGAUGGACUGGGAGCAGAGAAAAAAUGGCAACUUCAAACAGGUGGAGGCCGAGUUGAUUGACAAGCUGGACAGCAUGGUAUCAGAAGGGAAAGGUGACGAGAGCUACAGGGAGCUCUUCAGCCUACUAACCCAGCUGUUUGGGCCCUACCCCAGCCUGUUGGAGAAGGUUGAACAAGAAACAUGGCGUGAGACCGGCAUUUCCUUUGUGACCUCAGUCACCCGCCUCAUGGAACGUCUUCUUGACUACAGGGACUGCAUGAAAGGAGAGGAAACAGAGAAUAAGAAGAUUGGCUGUACUGUUAACCUGAUGAAUUUUUACAAAUCUGAGAUUAACAAGGAAGAAAUGUAUAUCCGCUACAUCCAUAAGCUUUGUGACAUGCACUUGCAGGCCGAAAACUACACAGAGGCCGCAUUUACCCUGCUCCUUUACUGUGAGCUGCUGCAGUGGGAGGACCGGCCACUGCGGGAAUUCCUCCACUACCCAUCGCAGACAGAGUGGCAGCGGAAGGAGGGACUGUGCCGGAAGAUCAUUCACUACUUCAACAAAGGCAAGAGCUGGGAGUUUGGGAUCCCACUGUGCAGGGAGCUGGCGUGUCAGUACGAGAGCCUCUAUGAUUACCAGAGCCUCAGCUGGAUUCGGAAAAUGGAGGCCAGCUACUAUGACAACAUUAUGGAGCAGCAACGCCUGGAGCCUGAGUUCUUUCGGGUCGGCUUCUAUGGCAGGAAGUUUCCUUUCUUUCUUCGGAACAAAGAAUACGUAUGCCGUGGCCAUGACUACGAGAGGCUGGAGGCCUUCCAGCAGAGGAUGCUCAGUGAGUUCCCGCAGGCUGUCGCCAUGCAGCACCCCAACCAUCCUGAUGACGCCAUCCUACAGUGCGAUGCCCAGUACUUGCAGAUCUAUGCAGUGACGCCCAUUCCAGAUUAUGUGGAUGUUCUGCAGAUGGAUAGGGUACCAGAUCGCGUCAAGAGCUUCUAUCGCGUCAACAAUGUGAGGAAGUUCCGGUACGACAGGCCUUUUCACAAAGGCCCCAAGGACAAGGAGAAUGAAUUCAAGAGCCUGUGGAUUGAACGUACCACACUGACCCUGACCCACAGCUUGCCUGGCAUCUCUCGGUGGUUUGAAGUGGAGAGAAGGGAACUGGUGGAGGUGAGCCCUCUGGAGAAUGCCAUCCAAGUGGUUGAGAAUAAGAACCAGGAGCUACGCUCCCUGAUCAGCCAGUAUCAACACAAGCAGGUGCAUGGCAACAUCAACCUGCUAAGCAUGUGCCUGAAUGGUGUCAUUGAUGCAGCUGUCAAUGGAGGCAUUGCACGCUAUCAGGAGGCCUUCUUUGAUAAAGAUUACAUCAACAAGCACCCAGGAGAUGCUGAGAAGAUCACCCAGCUCAAGGAGCUUAUGCAGGAGCAGGUUCAUGUCCUUGGAGUUGGGCUAGCAGUUCAUGAGAAGUUUGUGCACCCAGAAAUGCGACCUCUGCAUAAGAAGCUAAUUGAUCAGUUCCAGAUGAUGCGGGCCAGUCUCUACCAUGAGUUUCCAGGUUUGGAUAAGCUAAGUCCUGCAUGUUCAGGCACCAGCACCCCACGGGGAAAUGUUCUGGCAUCCCAUAGCCCCAUGAGUCCGGAGAGCAUCAAGAUGACCCAUCGGCACAGCCCCAUGAACUUGAUGGGCACAGGCCGCCAUUCAUCAUCCUCUCUCUCCUCACAUGCGUCUAGUGAAGCAGGAAACAUGGUGAUGCUGGGCGACGGCUCCAUGGGCGAUGCUCCCGAGGACCUGUACCACCACAUGCAGCUUGCGUAUCCCAACCCCAGGUACCAGGGCUCGGUCACCAACGUCUCUGUUCUGUCCUCGUCCCAGGCAAGCCCUUCUUCCUCCAGCCUGAGUUCCACUCACUCAGCACCAUCCCAGAUGAUUACCUCUGCCCCUUCCAGUGCCCGAGGCUCUCCCUCUCUGCCAGAUAAGUACCGCCAUGCCCGUGAAAUGAUGUUGUUGCUGCCCACAUACCGGGACCGCCCAAGCAGUGCCAUGUAUCCAGCAGCCAUCCUGGAGAACGGACAGCCGCCAAAUUUCCAGCGAGCCCUGUUCCAGCAAGUGGUCGGAGCCUGCAAACCUUGCAGUGAUCCCAAUCUGUCUGUGGCUGAAAAAGGUCAUUACUCCCUACACUUUGACGCCUUCCACCACCCUCUGGGUGAUACCCCCCCAGCCCUCCCUGCCCGGACCCUGCGCAAGUCUCCUCUCCACCCUAUCCCAGCCUCCCCAACAAGCCCCCAGUCAGGUCUGGACGGCAGCAACUCUACGCUGUCCGGCAGUGCCAGCAGCGGCGUGUCCUCCUUGAGUGAGAGUAACUUUGGGCACUCCUCGGAGGUCCCACCUCGCACUGACACCAUGGACUCCAUGCCAAGCCAAGCAUGGAAUGCUGACGAAGAUCUUGAGCCACCCUACCUCCCUGUCCACUACAGCCUCUCUGAGUCUGCCGUCCUGGACUCCAUCAAGGCCCAGCCAUGCCGAAGCCACUCAGCCCCAGGGUGCGUCAUCCCUCAGGACCCCAUGGACCCGCCUGCGCUGCCGCCCAAGCCCUACCACCCCCGCCUGCCAGCCCUGGAGCACGAUGAGGGGGUGCUGCUGCGUGAAGAGACUGAGAGGCCUCGAGGCCUGCACCGCAAGGCUUCAUUGCCUCCUGGGAGCGCUAAGGAGGAGCAGGCCCGCAUGGCUUGGGAGCACGGCCGAGGGGAGCAGUGAGGGGCAAUGAGGCGGCUGGGAUGCCGCCCUCAGUAAGCAGCUUGCCAACCACUCCAGGUCUGAAAAGCAAGUCCCCCAGCCUGACCCCAGGGAGCCAGAGAGGCUUGGCACUCAGGAGAGAACCACCCCAAGUCUCCAUUCUACUGCCGUGAACUCAUGUGUUGCCAUGUACAGAGGCCACAGCAGCAUGAAGGGUUGUGGCUUCCCUUUUUAUUUUUUUACAUUUCCAUUUCUAUGGGUUUUCCUUUCUUUCCUUUAUGCAGUAGAUGCUUUCUUCCUCCUGCAGUUCUGGACCACGUGGAGCUAUAUGGAGAAAUUGCACAGACAGAAUCACUUUGCCACACUGCAGGGCCCAGGAGCAGGAGCCCAGGUCCUCCCUCCAGGGUAGAGAUGCACAGAAUGGAAAUUGCACUAAGGACCUCUUCCUUUGCUGUAUGGACAGAAGAGUUCAUGGUUGCAUUCAGGGAUUGCAAGGACCAUAUAGACAUGUCACAGGUGGAAAAAGGGCCACAAGCCGUUUUGCACAAAUGCCUGUCCACCUGCCCCUCUUCCAUCCAGGAGUGUGCUACUGAGGGGCUGGCUGGACCAACCUGCUGGCUCAGGCACGUGACUGGCCUAACUGCAUGCCCAGGGAACUGCCAGGGUUCAAUGGGCCAGCCAUCUCCUACUCCAUCUUGGAUUUUUCUCUCCAUCACAUUAUUUCUGACCAUUUGCUCCCUUCCAUUCUUGAAACACCUCAUGCCCCACAGGAGCCCCAGUGGUGACUGGAUCUGCAAGGGUUCUCUCUCACCCUCUGGGGUUUGAGUGGAAGUAUGGAGCCAGAGGGGCUAUCCUAGCCACCUUCCUCCUAGGGGGAGCUGGUCCCCUUCCUAAGUGGUAGAGACUGGUGUUAAGAGUGAGUCUGGGGUGUGGCAGGCGCCAGAAAUCCUCGAAGCUUUCAGAAGCGUUCAGAAUGCCUACCAUCAGCUCCUGAAUCAGGGAUUUUCAGCACUACCUCUGAGCCAUGGGGGUGGCUGCCUAGCCAGGCUUCCAGGCCCUGAGGACAUGUGGUCAGGUUCAGCAGGCUCCUUGGUAAAGAGGGUGGGAGGGGGCUUCUCCUUUUGGAAGCAGAUAGCCAUGCAGGUAGAAUUGUCAUCUCCCAAGUGGCCACAUACAGCAACCCGCUCCAGGCCAUGGGGACCACCACUCAGGGUUUGGGGCUGGCAGGAGGGCAGUUUCUCCAGUCUCCCCAGUCUGUUGGUGUCUUUAUAGGAAACUAUAAAGCAGAGCAGUGGUGUCUUUAGAGGAAACUCAUUCAAGUCAGGGCACUGAUUUUCCUCUCAGUUUAUUAUUUGGGGGGAUCGGGUCAGGUGGGUAUAGUAGUACUUCACCAGGGUGCUUUUAAGUUACUUUAAAAAAAAAAAGCCUACAAAAUAUUUCUUUUCUUUUAUUUGCUCAAGUUCACAUUAAUGAUGGUCACAAGGCUGCCUUGUUGGGCAGGCAUGUUGCCCCCAUUUCCUCUUCUGCUGGCCUUUGUGACCUCCACAGCCAGGCCCUGGGCCCGAGCCCCUCGUCCCUUCUCCACUGCCCCUAUUUCCAGACAGUAAAGGCCAUGGUCAGGGUGUUUUUCACUUGUAAACAAACCCCAGCUUGUUUAACAGAAAUGCUAAUAACCUACUGGGAAAGAUGGAGGUCUAAAUUACCUUCAGGGUUUUUCUGGGGCUUUAUCAUCAGUGUGGGUCCCUUCUGAUACCAUCAGGCUCACUCCAGGCAGAGUGGGGCAGAAGGCUGCUGAGGAUGUGGGUCAGUCACAGCAGCCCUCACCUCAAAGGGCUCGCCUGCUUCUCAGCCUAUAUUUAUUUGCAAGCUUCAAUCUCUGGACCAUCUGGUGUUCACAGGUGUUAGAGGGUCGGGGCUAGCUUCAGAUUUGAUUCAUAGGUAGGAGGGCUUAGAUUUUAAGGCACUUCUGAACGUCAAUCCCUGGACAAGGCAGUCAUCCCAUAAGAACAGCUACCUUCUCCACUUUGUGGCACAAGAGGUAAGGAGGGGAGUAUGGGUUCAUUUGGCUUCGCAUUAUGCAAGUUGAAACCGUUUGUUUCCCCUUUCCAUUUUCCCUAACUGAAUGAAAAGGACACAUUCUGAAAUCCCUUUUGUUGGAGAAUUAUUCAGUCUGAGGGGAAAUGGGAGGCCAGAGAUGAGAACCCUUUGAGAAGAUUGUAAAAUACUGAUUUUCAUUCUUUCAAGCUUAUUUGUAAAUACCUAUUUGAAUGCUGUGUAUUUGUACAGGAAUUUGAGCAAAAAAUGUAUAGAGUGUGAUGUCCAAUUGGUAUUCAGCACUAUAAAUGUGUUUUUAACCUCACGCAUUCUGUGCUUAUUUAAAACAAGAAAACUUCUAACCAUUCUUUUGUGUAUUCAUGUUUAAAGAAAACAAGUGAUUUAAAAAUGAUCUUACCUGUACCAGAAAAGCAAAGUUAAAGGAAACAAAAUUUGUACCAUUGUCCCAAGAGGUAUUUUACUGUAUAUAUUGUGGUAGCAUGUUCAAAAUCCAACAAGUAAUGUGAAUUUUAGAUGUAAAUAUCUGCCACUUGAUUUUUUCCCCCUUUCCCCACUUCCUUGACUGCUGUGAUGUGAAUUAAAGAUGAAUAUCUGAUAAUGA